GUGAGGCGUGCCGAACACGUGGCGUGAACAUUCUCGGUGUGCCCGCAGAGGAGUGUAAUGAUAUAUUUUCAAAAAAGCAGAAUGCCACAUCAAACACAGAAAGCUAAAAAUCAAAAACACAGAAGCUAUGACUAACUUAUAUGUCCACUCUCCCUUACUCAGGCGUGCCAAUUGCACAUGCUUUGAAUUUUCACAAAGACUUUUCAAUAUUCUCCAUGUCCACGCUGCCAGAGGAAAAAUUUAAAAAAAAAAAAAAAAAAAACAUGCAUCAGUCUUCAGUCCUGUCCCCCCUUUGUAAGGCGUGCCAAAUACGUGCCGUGAAUAUUUUCCGUGUGGGGACAGAGCAGUGUAAUUUGAUGAUAUAUUUAUUAUCAAAAACAACCCACAAUCCCGUCAAUCCAUCAUCCAUUCCAUUAUCAUUUCCAUUUCCAUUCCCCUGCUUUUUUGUUAGUUCUUGCAAGCCAUGCAUUUCUUCACGAUACCUCCUGCUGCUGCUGCUCCUGCUUUUAUUAUUUUCUUUGGAUUUUUCAUCCUCCAUAAUAAUUCUAUAUUCUGCAAUGCCUCCUCUUCUAAUUUCAGUUGCAUCCCAAGUGAGAGACAAGCUCUUCUCAGCUUCAAGCAUGAUCUCCAUGAUCCUGCCCUCCGCUUGGCCUCCUGGGUUGGCGACGACUGUUGUAACUGGUCUGGCGUUGUCUGCUCCGAGCUCACUCCUCAUCAUGUUCACAAGCUCCUCCUUGGUGAUCCUAAACCUUGGAAAUUUUAUGAUACAAAGCCGUUGAGUGGUGAGAUAAACCCUUCUUUGGUGGAUUUGAAGCAUCUACGACACUUGGAUCUUAGCAACAGUGAUAUUGGAGGAGCCCGAAUUCCAGAAUUCCUUGGAUCUUUAGUGAGUUUAAGAUAUCUUAAUCUCUCUGGAACUCAUUUCAAUGGAAUGAUUCCUCAUCAACUUGGAAACCUCACAAAUUUACACUCUCUUGAUCUUAACUAUGUAUACACAGUAAUCAAUGAUCCUGUGGUCCACGCAUAUGCUAAGAAUCUUCAAUGGCUUUCUCAACUUUCUUCGUUGCGGUACCUAGACAUGAGUAGGGUUGAUCUUGAAGAAGCAUCUGAUUGGUUGGAGGUAACAAAUUCACUCCCUUCUUUGGAAGUCCUGCGCUUAAGCUUCUGCAAUUUGAACUUCAUUUUUCGUCCAAUAUAUCAUGUCAAUUUUUCAUCUCUAUCCCUUCUUGAUCUUUCCUAUAACUAUUUAGGAAACAAUAUUCCACCAUGGGUUUGCAAUUUGAGAAGUUUGACUUCUCUUUAUCUAAGUAAUAUUACAUCUGGAAAUGGAGGUCCCAUCCCUGAAGAUAUUCAAAACUUAACUUCCCUUGUGCACCUUGAUCUUUCUUAUAACUUUUUUAAUACCUCAAUACCCAGCUGGUUAUAUAGUUUAAGUCAUUUGGAGGUUCUCAUCCUUAGCUACAAUGAAUUUAGAGGUCCCAUCCCUGAAGAUAUUCAAAACUUAACUUCCCUUGUGCACCUUGAUCUUUCUGGGAACUUUUUUAAUACCUCAAUACCCAGCUGGUUAUAUAGUUUAAGCCAUUUGGAGAUUCUCAACCUUCAAGAGAAUCAAUUGAGAGGUACAAUAUCAAGUGAAAUAAAAAAUAUGACAUCUAUCAUUACACUUGAUCUGUCAGAGAAUGAGCUACAAGGAGACUUGCCAACAUCAUCCAUAGCUCAACUUUGCAAAUUAAAAGAAAUUGAUCUGUCAGGCAACACAUGGAAUCGAUCCAUAUCCCAAAUCCUAGAUAGUUGCUCCGGAUGUCUUUCUGAUAGCUUACAGGUUUUGAGACUUACGGAUAGUCAAAUAUAUGGUCCUUUAACCAAUAAAAUUGGGCAGUUCAAAACUCUGACCUAUUUUGAUCUAUCUUAUAAUUCAAUUUCUGGUCCAAUUCCAGCAUCAUUUGGAAAUCUUUCCUCUCUGACCUUUCUUCCUCUAUCUUCUAAUUCAAUUUCUGGUUCAAUUCCAGCAUCAUUGGGAAAUCUUUCCUCUCUGACCGCUCUUGAUCUAUCUUCUAAUUCAAUUUCUGGUCCAAUUCCAGCAUCAUUGGGAAAUCUUUCCUCUCUGACCUAUCUUGAGCUAUCUUCUAAUUCAAUUUCUGGUCCAAUUCCAGCAUCAUUGGGAAAUCUUUCCUCUCUGACCCAUCUUGAGCUAUAUUCUAAUUCAAUUUCUGGUCCAAUUCCAGCAUCAUUGGGAAAUCUUUCCUCUCUGACCCAUCUUGAGCUAUCUUAUAAUUCAAUUUCUGGUCCAAUUCCAGCAUCAUUGGGAAAUCUUUCCUCUUUGACAACUGUGUCCCUUGCUAAUAAUCAUAUUAGUGAAACUCUACCUGAAUCUUUGGGGCAGCUUGUUAAUUUGGAAGGUUUAGACAUUGACAAGAAUCAGAUAGAAGGCAUCGUUUCGGAGGCUCACUUUGCUAAUACAACAAGUCUGAGAUAUUUUUUUGCAUCUGAUAACCCAUUAACUUUGAAAGUAGGUCAGGAUUGGGUUCCUCCUUUUCAACUUGUAGAUUUAUCUAUGGGCUCCUGCCAUUUGGGCCCAAAAUUGCCAAUGUGGGUACGGUCACAAAAGAGCCUUUCUUAUUUGGUUUUAUCCAACACAAGUCUUGCAGAUGUUCUUCCCGCUUGGAUUUUCAACUUCUCUUCAGAAUUACAAUAUUUAGAUCUUUCUCAAAAUCAAAUGCAUGGAAGGAUUCCCAAUUUGACAGAUAUGGGGACGCAGGAGUACUCAAAAAUCGACCUGAGCCAAAACCACUUCGAGGGGCCCUUGCCUUUGGUAUCUUCCAAGGUGUAUAAACUAGAUCUUUCUGAUAAUCUACUUUCAGGAUCCAUUUCUCAAUUCUUGUGUAGCUCACCAAGUGAGCCAAUGAAUAUGAUAGCUCUCGAUCUUGCCAAAAAUCGGUUGUCAGGAAAAUUACCCAACUGUUGGAGCAAAUGGAAAAAUAUACAAGUCUUAUAUUUAAAUUACAAUAGCUUUGGUGGUGGUAUUCCUUCAUCCUUCGGUUCGUUAAUUUUUCUUCAAUCGUUGCAUCUCCGUGGUAACAACUUAUCUGGAAUAUUAUCUCUUUCUGUUUUACAGAAUUGUAUUAAUUUAGUUACUCUUGAUCUUAGUGGGAAUAAAUUUGGGGGAAACGUUCCUACUUGGCUUGGAACAAGUCCUUCAAAGUUGAGGUUUCUUAUUGCUGGCUUCAAUGAGUUCCACGGUCAUAUACCUGAUGAACUAUGUGCUCUCAAUUCACUUCAAAUCUUGGAUCUUUCAAACAACAAUCUGUCCGGCCCAAUACCAAAAUGUUUUAACAAUUUCUCUAUUAUGGCAAUAAAAAGGGCUGAAUCUCUUGGCUUUGGGUACAAUCUGUCUAGGAGUGGUAGCGCUUAUUACAUGAUGUUUGGUAGCGCUUCUUUCGUGGAGGUUGGUAACGCUUCUUACGUGGAGGCUGCAUUACUCCUGAUUAAAGGCAAGCCAAUUGAAUACACUAAUACACUAGAAUUUGUAAAUAUCAUAGACUUGUCUGGUAACUCUUUGUCAGGACACAUUCCUUUAGAAAUCACAAAUCUCUUAAAUCUGCUCUCAUUAAAUUUGUCAAACAACCUUUUAGAUGGAGAGAUUCCUAUGAGAAUAGGUGAUAUGCGAGAACUGGAGUCCAUUGAUUUUUCAAUGAACAAUCUUUCUGGUGAAAUCCCUCAAAGUAUGUCGAGUUUAAGUUUCUUGAGCUAUUUGAAUUUGUCCUACAACAACCUCAGUGGAAAGAUCCCAACGGGCACUCAACUCCAAAGCUUCAGUUCAUCCAGCUUUGUCGGCAACAAACUAUGUGGUCCUCCACUCACUCCGAACUGCAGCACAAAUGGUGAAGUCACUGUUGUUGAAAAGAAUAGAAAAAAAGACGACCAUGAAAUGUCAUGGUUUUACAUUGGCAUGGCUGUUGGAUUCAUUGUAGGUUUUUGGGGAUUUUGUGGUUCCCUUAUUUUCAAUCGGACAUGGAGACAUAGUUAUUUUAGGUUUCUCGACUGCAUCAAAGACCAGAUCUAUGUGGCUUCAGUCCUAAAGCUGAGAUGGUUCCGUGAAACGAUAACAAGUUGUUACAACAAUCAAUGAAUUGUGACAUCUUCUAUAAGGUAUAUACGUUUCAGAUGGAAGGUGUCCCUUGGUCCAGAUAGAGCACUUGGAGUAAAUUUCUGAUAUUAUGGGAUUACGUAGUUUUUUACAAGCAGUUGACUCUAGUAAUUUAGACUUUUUUUUUUUUUUUUUUGGGUUCCGUUUUUGCUUCUAUGUACUUUAAAAGUGUGCUUUUUUUUUUUUUUUUUUUGGGUUCCGUUUUUGCUUCUAUGUACUUUAAAAGUGUGUUUGAAUCAAAUUCUGAUGUUUGACAAAUAUUAAGUUUUUGUAUUAAGUAAGGAAACUAUAAUUUUAUAAAUGUAAGGCAUUUAUUUCAAAUCGAACAGGACGAUGCUAUAAAAUUUUUACUUUUUUUUAAUUUUUUUAUC